AAGUCCCGCCUUCUCUCUUCCCCGCCAAUCAGGUUGGGGCCACCUUGUGACACUGCUCGGGAGCUCACUAAGGGCCUGUGGGUGACUUGCGCUUGGGGCGCUGUAUCCAGGCUGCGGAAGGAUGGCAGGGGCUGCGGGCUGCUUCUCGGACGAGCAGUUCCGGGAGGCCUGUGCCGAGCUCCAGCAGCCGGCCCUGGCCGGGGCCGACUGGCAGCUGCUAGUGGAGGCCUCCGGCAUCACCAUCUAUCGGCUGCUGGACCAGCCAACUGGACUUUAUGAGUAUAAAGUGUUUGGUGUUCUGGAAGGCUGCUCACCAGCUCUCCUUGCAGAUGUGUAUAUGGACUUAGACUACAGGAAAAACUGGGACCAAUAUGUGAAAGAACUCUACGAAAAGGAAUGUGAUGGGCAGAUGACGGCAUACUGGGAAGUGAAGUACCCUUUCCCUUUGUCCAACAGAGAUUAUGUCUACACCCGCCAGCGGCGGGACCUGGAUGUGGACGGAAGGAAGAUCUACGUGGUUCUGGCCCAGAGCAUCUCAGUGCCUCAGUUUCCUGAGAAGUCUGGGGUGAUCCGAGUGAAGCAGUACAAGCAAAGCCUGGCGAUCGAGAGUGAUAACAAGAAGGGGAGCAGAGUUUUCAUGUACUACUUUGAUAACCCGGGUGGCCAAAUUCCGUCCUGGCUCAUUAACUGGGCAGCCAAGAAUGGGGUUCCCAACUUUUUGAAAGACAUGGUGAAAGCUUGUCAGAAUUACCCCAAGAAAGCCUAAGAAGGAGACUGGGACCCCACAUCCACCUCUGUGUAUGUUCCAACUGAUGCUCAGCCUUCCCGCCACACUUUCCAUCUUCAGAAGUCUACAUGUAUCCCAGGCAUGCUUGCCUGUUGCCUGGAUCAUUUGCUGCCUUCUUUCCCACUGGUCUUUCUCAGGGCCGACUACCUUCUUCCACUGUAGAAUGGUGGCCUCUACUUGUUUAUUUUUAGUUAGGGAAAUUCUGUUGUACUAUUUUAGGGGGAUAAAAGAAAAGGAGGAAGGAUGACAAAACAUAAGAUUGAUCCUUCCUGGCAAGCAGGCUCACUUCAAUACUCUUGCUUAUAACUCAGGAGUGGCUGCUGGAGGUGGCCCUUGGCCCACAGUUGGCCUUCCAAGUCCCAAUAUUGGAGACACAGUGAUAUCCACUCUCUUUAUGCUUUGUUGACUUGAAUAGCCUGGGAUUUGAGGUAAGAAUCAAGUAUUCCUACUUGAGCAGGAUCAGUGUCUGCUGUGAUAUCAGACCCCUAAGAGUGUCCCAGGCCUGACUGAGCAUAUGCUGAGAUGACCACAUGUCCCUAAUUGCCCACAUCUGUAAUUUUUCUUUCCUAUAAACCACUGGGAAAACACUGCCUAUACCUCUCUAGCUGUGCAUUUGACUGCAAGCCCCAAGACUUCAGGGAUGAAGAUAGCUUUUGCUCAGCACUAUGAUUGUGUCUUCCUGAGUAGGAAGAUGGCUUUCCCUUCGAGAACAUUUAGAGAUUUUGAAAGGACAAUAAUAGUUUUCAACCAAGUAAAACUGAAGUAGUGAUUUGGUGUGAUCUUUGCCUUUUUUUCUUUGGAAUUCUACCUCUUCAAAUCAAUGACUCUCAGAGCCCUGGUUUUGUCCUGAAUGUUUGUAGGAAAAUACAUUCUGUGGCCAAGACACGGCCUUGGUGAUCUCAGGGAAAAUCUCCAAUAACUCUGUGUAAACCUUGAUGAAUGGAUAUGGAAACUCAGGAUGCAAAGCCAGAAGAAAGGGGUUGGGAAAGCGGCAUUCCUUAGAGUGUGUGUUCUCUCUGGGAAGAAGGGUGUGUUCUGUGAAUAAAUACACAGUGACUUGCA